UUAAACUCACGUUGGAAUAAUGUGUAACGCUCCGGCCGAGUAAUGGAGGGAUGCAAGAGAAACUAGAACAAGCUUAUUAUUGAUAAUUGAAUAUGAUCAAGCGUCUUUAACAGAUAUCAGUCGUGAUUUAAAGAGUGGAUUUAUGGCUUUAAUGUUAGUCUGAUUCUAAAGGAAGUUUAACAAGACAAGAAACGCAGGAGGAAAUCCAACACGGCGAGCUGCUUCCAUUAAUUUCCACUGAGCUAACACACCCACUGUUGUGAUUUAAGGUGUGCUGGCGUCUUACACGUUACACCGCAGGACAUGUCAACUUCCCAUCAGAUACACAUAUCUGUUUCUCUUGCAGUUCUCUGAACAGUCGGCUUCAAUGGAAGCUCUACGUGAUCACCAAUUAGAGUCAACCUUGUUAAAGAUCAUCGGACAAAUGGAUUGCUCUAUCGACAAACAUUGUUAAUGUGGAUAAAGGUGACAGAGCAUCUAGAUACCGGAGCAAAGGAUCCAUAGAGGAAUUUCAGAGGGGGAUGCAGGGAGGAGAUAGCUAUCCCGAUGGAGAAGAGGAGUGCUCUUCUCCAGGCUCUAGCGAGCAAGUGGGACAGACGGACCAAACAAACAAUGGUCAGGAGCUGGCCACCAGUGGAACUGGGUCUGGAUCGGGCUCAGGGGAGGAGGAGGAGGCCGAGGACCGGCGAGGAGGAGCCAGCGAAGGUGAGAGCUCGGCAGGGUGCGAGGAGAGCAGUGGAGAACGUUCCGGUGGUGAGCAGACGCAGGAUGAUGUAGAUAUGAACAGCGGGCACGACUCCAGUAGCGGUAAUGACAGCGUCGGUGGAUCACGACAUCAUCAUUCGUCCUCGGCCAAUUGCAGUCCUGGAAGCACCACGGGAUCAGGCAGCACCAAGAGCUCAAAAUCUGCUACUGGUUCCUCGUCCUCCAGUUACCACAGCUCUCAUCGCACAGAGUGCAGUGAGCAGACGGAACACUGCCGAGAGCAGACGCACAGAGAGAUGAUGCAGACGGUGCAGGAGAUGAAGAAACGGCUGCCAUCUGAGAAGAGAAGCCGCAGCAAAGCCAGUACUGUAGAAGCACUGAACUACGCUCUCAACUGUGUCAAACAAGUUCAAGCAAACAGCGAGUACUACAACUUACUAAUGAGCAGCGGUCUCGAGGAGAGACGAGACAUGACGGUGUGCACCUUAGAUGAACUGGAGGGGAUUACAUCCGAACACACACUGAAAAACACGGUUCGUCCCUACUGCAUUUCCACCGAGUUUGUGCUGGUGUUCUCGCUGGCCUCUGGGAAGGUGGUGUACGCAUCGGAACAGGCCUCCAGCGUGCUGCACUGCAGACGGAAGUUUCUGGAAUCUGCCAAGUUCGUGGAGCUGCUGUACCACCAGGACGUUAACGUGUUUUACUCGCACACGGCACAACCGUGCCUGCCACCCUGGAACAUGGGCAGAGACAACACGGCGGUUCCAUUUAAAUGUGCCCAGGUCAAAUCCUUCUUUUGUCGAAUAAGGGGAGGGAAAGACAGAGAUGGAGAGAUGCGUUAUAUUCCUUUCCGGAUCACUCCAUACCUUCAGAAGGUUCAGGGGUCGAGCAUAGAGCCGGAGCCCUGCUGUCUGGCCCUCGCCGAACGCAUCAUCUCAGGAUACGAGGCCCCUCGCAUUCCCAUAGACAAGCGCAUAUUCAGCACGACACAUUCGCCUGGCUGUGUCUUUUUAGAAGUGGACGACCGUGCUGUGCCUUUGCUCGGCUACCUUCCUCAGGACCUGAUUGGAACCUCAGUGUUGACCUGCCUCCAUCCAGAUGAUCGGCAGCUUAUGCUGGCCAUGCACCGCAAAAUUCUAAAGUAUGCAGGUAAGCCUCCAUUUGAGCACUCGCCCAUACGGUUCCGGUGUCAGAACGGAGAAUACGUCACCCUGGACUCCAGCUGGUCGAGCUUCAUCAACCCUUGGAGUCGCAAGGUGGCCUUCAUCAUCGGCAGGCACAAAGUUUGCACUGUGCCUCUAAAUGAAGACGUUUUUGCUGCACGGAGUAAUGCAGAGCAACCGGGCAUGUGUGAGGAUGUUAAAGAGCUGCAGUCCAUGAUCUACAAGCUUUUCCUGCAGCCAGUUCAUAACAACGGUUCCAGUGGUUAUGGCAGUAUGGGGAGUAACGGCUCUCAUGAGCAGUACAUCAGCGUUGCGUCCUCCAGCGACAGCAACGGAAAUGUCUGGGAAGAUUCACACAGACCAAUGACAAUGCAGCAGUUCUGUGCUGAUGUUAAUAAAGUGAAAAACUGGGGCCAGUCAGCAUAUCUAGGCUCCCAGAGGAUGCUCACACCUUUAUGGCCACCCACUGCAGGCACUCAUCUGAACACUGGUCAGAGAAUGGGAAUCAGAGACCACUUUAAGAAAUCUCUGCAGGAAGCCAGAAAACAACCACACAUUCCAUCCUACCAGCAAAUCAACUGUGUGGACAGUAUCAUCAGAUAUUUGGAAAGCUGUACAACCUCUGCUUUAAAACGCAAGAGCGAGUCUCUAUCCAUAGCUACCUCCUCAUCUUCCUCCAUGUCUGAGGAAGGUAAACCACGAGCAAAUGCACAUGAAGAUGCUACAAACACAGAUGAGACUGCACUAGAGGGUGCUGGACCUCCAGGCAGCCAGGUUUCAGCCGGUUUGGCAACAAGGGCAGCAGAGGUGGGAGACAUCAGGAUCCACACAGAAGCCAUGAGUGUCAUCAGUCAGUGCAGUUACAGCAGCACCAUAGUGCACGUACCUCAACCUGGCUCAGAGAUCAAUGCCUUAGAAGAUGCCCCAAUGGGCAGUGAGCCAACAGACUCCGCCCCCACACCUGCACGCCCCACGCCCAGCACAUCCUCGGCAGCUCAGGAGGAGUUACUCUUGGUGGGCCUCACGAAGGAGGUGCUUUCGGCCCACACCCAGAAAGAGGAGCAGCAAUUUGUGGACCGUUUUCGACACCGUAUCCUGCAGAGUCCCUACAGCUCCUACCUGGAAAGGGACAACAGCAGCAUGGCCCACUCCCAUCACAUAGGUGAUGCUGUGCGACCACCGAACAAACGGCCGAAACCAGAGGACUCGUCGGACAGCUACGGCUCGCAACCGGGCAAUUACUGUUCACUUCCCAGGCCCACAGGCCUACUGCAUUCCUCAUGGCCUUCCUCAGAGUCCUCCCAACCCACUCCACCCAACCCUGGCUAUGUGCCACCUGUGCAAAUGGGCCCCUACCUCCCUGUCGUUGGCCUGGAUCAGCAGCAAGGGGUCCAGCCUGACCAAGUUGUUCAGCAACCAAUUCAGCCUGCCCCCCCCAUCAUGGUUGUUGUCCUUCCUGGUUACCCUCCCUACCCUGGCAUGGUUCUGCCGGUUGUGCCCCCAACAGGACCCUGGUUCAUUCCUCAGCCCACUGUCUAUGUCCCACCUGGCACCCCACCCAUGCCACAGGGGCCUCCUCCGCAGGAGCCGCCCCCAAGGCUCUGGGACACAGAGGUUGGCACUGCCCCAGUGGUCGAGGAGAAUCCAAACUCCUGGUGCGAGGAAGCACAACCUACGGCGCUGUUCUCCAGUUCACGCUCCAGCUCGCCGAUCCAGCUGAACUUACUCCAGGAGGAGUUGACCAAACCAACAGAACCCCACGCCAGCACCGGUCCAGAGAGUCUGCAUGAGCACCACGCCAAAGCGAAAGAUACGCCAAGUGAGUCAGGUAACCAAGACGCUCAUUCUACCUCCAGCGAGAUGAUUGAUCAGAUGCUACAGGAGGAUGCACGAUCAGGGACCGGCUCCAAUGCCUCGGGCAGUGGCUCGGGGGAGUCGGGAGGUUCUCUGGGUUCUGGGUCCGGACUCUGCUCAAACGGAACAUCCACUAGCCACACCGGCAGCAGCAACAGCAGCAAGUACUUCGCCAGCAACGAUUCGUCGGACACGUCGCGGAAGGCGCAGAAGACUGCCGAGGCCCAGGAAAGGGAGCGUACGACCUUUAAGAAACACGUGGACAACCCACUUUGGAGCAUGAUCAAACAAACUCCCGAACCUGUCAUGAUGACCUAUCAGAUCAGCCCCAGGGACCAGGCGCAGGUUCUGCAGGAAGAUCGGGAAAAGCUGCUUCUGAUGCAGCCCAUGCAGCCCUGGUUUACCCAGGAACAGAGGAAAGAGCUUGCUGAUGUUCAUCCCUGGAUCCAACAGCACACGGUCCCACAGGAGGUCAACACUCAGGGUUGUGUGAGUUGUAACCCCUCCCCCAUGGCACCAGGUGAGGAGCUGACCAUCCAAACUGACGCUCCAAACCCACCAACUCCUGAUAGUUUGUCGUCACAGGACACUAGUCGCAGCACAGACACCUGACAGCACUUUAAGUUCAAGCACACACCAGCACCUCUUACCCCUUGUGGCCUGGGACUGCAAAGCAAAGAAGGACUUCUAGCGGACGACGAGUUGCGUGCAUGCGCCACCGUCGCAGUUCCGCCCAAAGACACGAAACGAGGCGAGUCCUCUGCACUUGGAUCAAACCACGUAUAGGUCAGACUGACCUCAUUAUUGUACAAAUCCACAAGUGCACUACGGUCGUCACGUGACUAGCAGUAGUCCAGUCCUUUCUCUCUGUUUUCCCUAACAGACCAUGGACCCGAACAACUGUGAACAUUUGACUUUAAUUUGGCAAUGAAGUCGUAUUCAUCCCUGUGUUCUUGAAUUCCUCUCCUUUCUUUUUUUCCUAUUUUUUGGUAGACUGUUGCCCAAGUGUAUUCUGAUGGAGUAGUUGCAACUCUGCCCAGUGUUUUUAGAAUAAUUUUGUUUAUUAAUGACCUUCCCUCGACUAAAUCUUAAAAGAAGGGACUUGGUUUAUGAACCAGUAGAUCUCCCAGAACUACUUACAGUUAUAGUUCUAUGUCUGACCACUUGUGUAGACAUGUUUGUAUGCUCUUAUGUCCCCAUAAUGCCUGUCCAAAGUGUCCCUCAGUUCUUAAAGAACACAAGCACUUGCUGUCAAAACCAAGAAUAGACAAACAGAAUUAAUGUAAUUUUACGAUCCACAGCAUGAAGAAUGAGAUUUACUGCUGCUUAUUUUAAUUUUUUCAUCUCAAUUACAUGUUGGUCUCCAUGUUGGCCAAUUUUUUUUCUUUUAAAUAGUAGUAAAAUGAGGUGUCAAUUAAGUUAUCUUGUUGAAAGGAGUCUUUAUUUAUUAAAUUCGUCCACUCUGAAGUUUAAACUGGUCAUUUAAAUGAGGCCUUAAAUUGGUUUCUGACGGUGUGUUAGUUCAUUUUCUCUUUUCUCAAUUUUACAUAUUUUUACACUAUAUAUGUGACAUUAGAUGGAUGUUGAGCAAUGUAUUAAUAUGAUAUAAGUCUCUAAGUAAUGGUUGUAAUCUGUAGAUACAGACAUUGUUCUCUUGAAUCUAAAUAAGGAAAAUCUGUUAAGAACAUGUCUGGGUCAUAUUUCCCCCAAAAUCACAAGAAAUAAGAAAUUAUAUUUUGCUUACAGAAAAUGAAGCCUAUUUGUGGGACCAUUGAGAUUUUUUUAUAUUGUAUGACAAUAUGGUCUUGACAAUUAACCCCCUUGAAAAAGGGGUGCGCUAUAUUGCGGAAAAGGUUUACGCUUAAAAUGUUAAAGUCCCCGUUUACACGAGUCAGACAUAUGAGAUAACAUUUGAAAGCUUAGAAUCUGAACUUUUCAGGGAAUACCAUUACUUCUGCUUUUAUGUUACAUAAAAUAACAAAAAAAAAAAAGGCCUGAAAUCACUAGUGCCUCCUAGGGGUAAUUUGGUAGAAAUAUUAAUAUGAAUAUAAAAGUCUUUCACAUAGCACUUAAAUGGACAAGUCAUAUUUUAAAUGAAAGCUCUCAUUCUCAGGAAUGUGACUAUAGUAUUUUAUUUUUUGUUUCCCUAAUACCACAGUUCAAAAGAUUUUCAAAAAAAUCACAAAGUGAAAUAUGAUUUCUAUAAGUCAUCAAUUACAAACGUCUCUUUUAUGUGCCAGAUCAUUGCUGCUGUAAGUCCCAAGUAGCCAAAAACUUUAUAUCUGCUCUUACCUUUUUCUAAAAAAUUAGCUAUUUUUUACUUGUCUGUGAGCUUGCUUGGCUUAAUAAUCCAAUAUUAUAUCUUAGAUGUCCAGAACAAAAUAUGAAGGCCAAGCAUGCUAAGCAAAUCAUUGGACAAAUAUGUUUUUGACCAUUGAUGAUAAAGUUUAUACAUCAUCACAAAGUGGAUGAUCUCAGCUUUCUAAAGACACUUAGAUUGAGCUUCUAUUUCUUUCAGAGGACGAGAUAUUCAAUGAAACAAUGGGGGUGGUGCAUGAACUGAAAAUUAGACUGAAUGUCUAUGGAUGAGCACAUCUGUGAGGGCUAAAAUGUGUUAGAGGCGCCACCUACAUUUCAGAUCUGUAUGUUGUGAUGGAAUGUGAUAGAGUCAAUGCUUGCUGCCAACUAGUGGAAUCAAAUAAAUCUUUUCAAAGUGAGAGAGUGAACAGAACCAGAAUUACAUGCAUAUGAAGCUAGGGCAAAAACUUUGUUUAUCAUUAAGAAUAUAAACAUACAAUAUUAUUUAUGAAUAAUUGGAGACUUUUUUUAAUAUGGGGGUUUCCUGAAAAAUGAGACCAAAAUUUUUGCUUUUAAGUUUAUGUGUGGAAAAAUUGCAGGUGGCAGCCUAAAGGGGCAGUGGUGGCUCAGCGGUUACAGUUCUGGGUUACUGAUCAGAAGGUUGGGGGUUCAAGCCCCAGCACUGCCAAGAUACCACCAUUGGGCCCUUGAGCAAGGCCCUUGAUCCUCUCUGCUCCAGGGGUGCUGUAUCAUGGCUGACCCUGCACUCUGACCCCAGCUUAGCUGGGAUAUGUGAAAAAAAAAAAAAAAAGAAUUUCACUGUAUAUGUGCAGAACAUAUAAUGUGUGAUACAUAAAUAAAAUAAAAAAAUUAUAAAAGUGCACCAGGGGUUAAGGACUUAAAGGAUGCAAUUAAUGGAUAAAUAUUUGUACAAAAAAUUUAUACUAUAUAAAUAAUUAUAUAUAA